GGGUACUGGCAGUAGGUACAGUGAUGGGGGAGGUUGUGUUCUACGUGAGUGGUCCUGACAGCAGUAGUGGCUGGCAGUGCAGCCAGAAACUGGGGUGUGGAGGUUCCGCCAUCACUUGUGCUGCAUGGAUGACCAAUAGCAGUAUACUAGCAGUGGGAGGAACUGACGACAGUAUUCACAUUCUGCAGAGGAGACAGUCUCCCACCACUAGCAGACCUACCAACACUCAGUCCUCCCUCUUCUCUUACUGUGAGACCUCAUCACCAGUAUAAUAUAACAGCACACAGUAAAAUUAUUUGCUCUCCUCACAGUCAAGCCAGUAGAUGCUGACAAUUUUGCCUACACUCAC